AUGGCGGAUGAAAAGGGCAAAGGCAAAAGCAAAGCUGGCUCCACGGAUGACGCCUCAACAAGCGGAAGCGGAAGCAGCGCGGCGCAGACGCUCGCCUCGACGCUACGCAGCAGCCUGGCAGCGUCGCAGCUUUCGUCCGUCAUGGCGGGCGCUUCUGGCGGUAAAGCCGAGUUUCAACCUUCCACCGGUGGAGGCGAGCUGCGGGACUGGCUCGUACAAGACCUGCGCUCCUCCUCGACCAGUGCAGGGGUUGGGUCGAGUGCGAGGAGUGGUGGGGGGUUUCGCACGCAAACUAGUGAAGGCAGGGGGGAAGGGAUGUUUGAGGAGUUCGAACGAGGACUGUCGCUCAAUGCUCCAGCUAUGCAGGAACGGAGGAUGGAAGGCGUCGACGAAGGCUGGCAGCGCGGCUAUCAGGGCUUGACCGCAACCCAACCACUCAGCUCGUACACCGACCUAGACGGUCCCCUUCACGCUUCGGUGCGGAACGAUCACGCCGCGUCCACACAAACACUCUCCUCCCUGCGGGCGCAGCCACCACCACUGACAACACCCCUCGCAGCGUCAGAAGACAUCUUUGCCCUGCUCGACGACGAAUCGCGCUCGCAACCGCCAACCCAACCUCCACCCGCAGACCUGACCGAGACGGUGCUAUCCAACUUCGAUCCGCUCUACCGACCCCCUUCGCCUUCGCACGCAAGCUUCACCCGUGAGCAAGCGCAGAUGCACCUUCUGCUGGCAGAGGAACAACAGUCCUCGCAGGGUCGACAGGAUCUCGUAAUCCCACGACCGGACAACGCCUCGCUGCAAGAAGGAGCUUACGCACCUACGGCCGAGGCCGCCCUCGCCAGCAUCUUUGACUCCACCGGUCGAGCCGAGAGCUCCAGUGUCACAGAGGAGAGUGAAAGGGGAAAGGAGGUGGUGAGAAGGAUCACAAAGUACUUUGCUGCGAGCAGCUACUUGGAUGAUGUCUACGGUACAGCUCCGGUUCUCAGGGAGACGAUUGAGAUUGUUCAGAAGGAGGAUGGGGAGAAGAGGCAGAGAGCCGUGGAGAGACUCGAGAAGCUCUGGCAGCAUCUGAGCAAUUCAGCGCCAAAAACGGAAGGUGCAGGAUGGGUAGAUGGUUGGUUGGCCAACAACACAUGA